UUUUCAACACGAAAUCAUAGCAAUGUGUGACACGCUACGAAAACUUCAUAUUUUUCGAUUCAAAUUUGUUAAUAUGAUUUCGCAUUGAAUAAAAAAAACCGUCCGGCAUAUAUUUUACGAAUGUAAUCUAUAUUGAUUCUACAUGCGUUUUUUUGCACAAAAAAAUAUAUGUUUAUUUCUUUAUAAAUAAACAAAUAGUUCCGCGCAAAAUUUUGGCAAUUUUUCUCGUGAUUUUCUUCGUUUCCACAAAACGGAGGAUCGAGAAAUCUUAAUUAAUUAUUGUUCAACGCGCGAGAGUUUAUUGUCAUCACUAUAUAGUAUUCAUGGUCAUAAAUCUUGAUCAUUCCCACGGCCGUUACGAGGUCCUUUCGAUUGUACGCCAUGAGUGAUGUGUGUGUUCAUAUGUGUGUCUUGUAUAUAAUUGCACAGCACGUGUUAUUCACGAGCACGCCACAAGACAAGUUGGUGGCGGGAUUGUUCGAAUGGGCCGUUUGCAAAUCACGGUAAUUACGUCAUAGUCCGAACAAUGGAGGCCACGAGAAAAUUUGACAAUCCGCAUCCACAAACGUCCGCAAAUUCCAUCAAUAAAUUGUUCUUUUGCUGGUUAGUGGACAUAUUCUGGCAUAAGAAAGAUCACGACUUAGAAUUAAAAGAUGUUUAUAAUAUUCUACCAGAUGAUGGCAGUGAAUGGUUGGGAAAUCAACUGGAGCAACAUUGGAAAAAUGAGCUACAUGCAGCCCAGAAAAAUGGCAGACAGCCAAAAUUUGUCAAAGCUUUGAUAAAAGUCUUUUUUUGGGAAUGUCUCUAUUAUGGAGGAUGGAUUUUCUUUGUGACUGUCAUUUUAAGAGUUAUACAACCAUACAUUCUACGUCUAUUAAUUUGGCACUUUGAUCCAAGAGCAACAUCCACUCAAAUUGAAGCAUAUCUCUAUGCAACUGGUGUGAUAAUUGUAGGAUUAUUGAUAUGUUUUUGUUAUCAUCAUUCCAAUUUAGCCUUGGACGAGAUUGGAAUGAGAGUGAAGAUAGCAAUUUCUUCUUUAAUUUAUAGAAAGAUAUUACACUUAUCCAAGUCUUCAGACACCACACCAAGUAAAAUUAUUACAUUGUUGUCAAAAGAUUUGUCGCAAUUUGAUCGAUUAUUCGAAGUAGUGCAUUAUAUCUGGAUUAUGCCUAUACAAGUAGUUGUGGUUGCCUAUUUGGGAUGGGAAAAUAUUGGCUAUCCUGUAUGGAUCGGCAUAAUUUUCUUAUUGAUUCAAACUAUCCCUAUUAAUGUAUACAUAAUGAAGUGGAUGAAAAAAAUGCGUUUGGAAAUAUCAAAGAGAACCGAGGAGAGAGUUCGCUUAAUGUCCGAGAUUGUGAGUGGCAUACAAGUUAUCAAAAUGUAUACUUGGGAGAAGCCGUUUCAGGAACUGGUUGAUCGUGCAAGAAAAUAUGAAAUCGACAUUCUUACAUUAACAUCUUAUAAAAAAGGGAUGACCAUAGCCACAUAUAUUUAUACAGAGAGAACAACAUUGUUUCUUACAGUUCUUACUUGUGUACUUAAUGACUAUUCUAUAUCAGCUGAUAAUGUAUUCUCAAUGGCACUGUACUUCAAUAUUCUUCAACUUGUUACAGCAAUAUACUUUCCUAUAGCUUUAGAAUUAAUUUCUGAAACAAAAGCGUCCAUAAAGAGAAUUGAGGAAGUUUUAUUACUGGAUGAAAAUGUUUCAUCGGUACAAGCUUUAUUGUCCACUGACAAUACAAGUAUUUCAAUGAAAAAUGUUAAUGCUUCAUGGGGGACAGAUGUGGAAACUGUACAUGCGUUACAUAAUAUUAACUUUCAACAAAAAACCGGACAACUUUACGCUAUCGUUGGUUCUGUUGGCGCGGGAAAAAGUUCUUUAAUUCAAGCUAUUUUGGGCGAAUUAAAAAUAUCGUCUGGUCAAAUUUUUACAAAUGGCAAAAUAUCGUAUGCUAGUCAAGAAUCUUGGCUGUUUUCAGGCACGGUGCAAAAUAAUAUCUUAUUUGAUUUGCCUUUUAAUAAAACUAAGUAUCAAACAGUGAUAGAAGUCUGUGCUCUUAAAAAAGAUUUCGAAACUCUUCCGCAACAAGAUCAGACAUUGGUCGGUGACAGAGGUACGGCUCUUAGCGGCGGACAACGUGCAAGAGUUAAUUUAGCAAGAGCUGUGUAUAGAAACGCCGAUAUUUAUCUUCUUGAUGACCCUUUAUCAGCUGUUGAUACUCACGUUGCCAAACAUAUAUUUGAUAACUGCAUAAGCGGAUACUUGAAAAAUAAAACAAGGAUACUUGUGACUCAUCAGUUACAGUAUUUAAAACAAUGCGACUAUAUCAUACUUCUGAAUAAAGGACAAAUUGAAAAUCAUGGUACAUUCAAAACUCUUCAAGAAAAACAGGUAAACUUUUUGGAAAUACUUGCGAAAAAUGAAGAGACGAAAGAAACAAACGAAUCACCAAAAAGGGAUACAAGUCCUACAAACGAUACAGGUUUCAAUUUAGCAUCCGACACAGCUAAUGAUUCUAGCGAUGAAGAAGAAGUGGAACCUGAAGAAACUGAAGAAUUUCUGGCUAAAGGAAGCAUAUCGAAGUCACUUUAUUGGAAGUAUAUUCGUAGCGGCGCCUCAAUCAUUAUGAUCGUUGUUCUCCUGCUCUUUCUGGUUUUGGGACAAAUCGGAAGCAGCGGUUGCGACUACUGGAUCAGUUAUUGGACGAGACAAAAAGAGAUGUAUAUUAAGGAUGUAUGUGACCGGUACAAUAUUUUUACUCUCGCCGCAAACAAUUUCACAACUUUUUCUUCCACACCAAUAUCUGUUGGACAAAUAAACAAUACAUUAAAGACGAAUGAAGAACUUGCUGAAAUUUUAGAGAAUUGUCAAAGUAACAUAUUCAACUAUACUGCAUUGUCACACAACUUUACUUCCGAAAACGUCAACAAACUCAUAGAUAAAGAUUUACAUUAUCUCGACACAAAUACAAUGUUGUGGGUUUACGGAGCUUUUAUUAGUGCCAGCAUUGUGUUCACAACACUGCGAAAUCUAACAUUUUACAAGAUAUGUAUGAACGCUAGCAAAAACUUACAUAAUUUUAUGUUCUCAUCCGUACUUAAAGUCCCGAUGUCAUUUUUUAAUAAAAAUCCGUCCGGUCGAAUUUUAAAUCGUUUCUCAAAGGAUAUUGGCACGGUAGAUGAAUAUUUACCUCGAUGUGCACUAGAAGUUAUUCAGAUAGCCGUGGUAAUGAUAGGGAUUAUGCUGCAAGUACUUAUUAUCAAUCAUUGGGUCAUAAUUCCUAUACUCAUCGUGAGUGUUUUAUACAACGUAAUAAGAACAAUUUAUACUCCAAAAGCAGAAAAUCUAAAACGAUUGGAAGGAAACGCAAAAAGUCCCGUCUUCUCGCAUAUUAAUUCAACAUGGUCCGGUCUAGCAACAAUACGAUCUGCUGAUGUUCAAGAGAUAGUUCGCAAACAAUUUGACGAACAUCAGGAUUUGCAUACUCGUACUUGCUCACUAAUUAUCUCAACCAAGCACGCGUUUGGUUGUGCGCUCGAUAUAGUAACUCUUAUUUUCGUUGCCUUUGUCACGCUUAGUUUUGUUGCACUGGAUGACGGAAACACUUUUGCCGGAAAUGUUGGCUUAGCUGUUUCUCAGAUACUUAUUUUAUGCGGUAUGGUGCAACAUGGAAUGAUACAAAUGGCUGAGGUAAUGACACAAAUGACAAGUGUAGAGAGAAUAAUGCAAUAUACCGAGUUAGAAAAAGAAGGCCCAUUCGAAAGCAACAGUAUUGAUAAACCGUUGAGCGAUUGGCCUUCCAAAGGAGAAAUUCGAUUUGAUCAAGUUUCUCUUCGAUAUUCCAAUUCGGAACCGCCCGUUCUCAAAUCUCUGAGUUUCGUUAUAGAACCUGGAAUGAAGAUUGGAAUAGUGGGUCGCACUGGUGCUGGAAAAUCGUCUUUGAUCUCCGCCUUGUUCCGCAUGACACACUUUGACGGAACAAUUUAUAUUGACAAUCUAAGCACAAAAAAGAUUGGCCUUCACGAUUUGAGAAAAAAGAUCUCCAUAAUACCGCAGGAACCGGUACUGUUUUCUGGUACACUUCGGGAAAAUCUCGAUCCCUUUUGUAAGUUUAAUGACAACGAUCUGUGGACCGUCCUGGAAGAAGUCGAAUUGAAGAAUGCGGUAACCGAUCUGAGUCAUCAAGUGGUACAGGGCGGUUCUAAUUUCAGCGUCGGACAACGACAGUUAAUUUGUCUGGCACGCGCAAGUUUGCAGAACAAUAAGAUUCUUGUGUUGGACGAAGCCACUGCUAACGUGGAUCUUACAACAGACGCGCUCAUACAAGCUACAAUUCGAAAGAAAUUCCAAGCAUGCACAGUACUUACAAUAGCGCAUAGAUUGAAUACGAUAAUGGAUAGCGAUAAGGUGUUGAUAAUGCAUCAAGGUCAAGUACUUGAGUUCAAUCAUCCUUAUAUUCUAUUGCAAAACGAACAAAGUUACUUUAGUAGCAUGGUAAAAGAAACCGGACAAGUUAUGUCUGAACAGCUUAAGCAACAUGCCAAAGAGGCCUAUGAACAAAAGCACAAGUUCAUGUGAGAUUUUUUACUCAAGUAUCAGUGAUAUAUGAUGAUUAUAUUAAUUAAUAUCAAUGCCACAACUUGCCAACAAUAUUAGACACUUUUCUACUUAUUACAAAGAAUUUUUUAAUAAUGAAGAUUUAAGUAAUUUUAGAUCUCACUUUCAUUAUAUAUAAACUGUAUACUCUUAUUUUUUUACAUAUGUAUAUUGUGCAACAAUGUCUUAUUAAGUGCUCAUAUUAAUCUUGUUGUACCUAAUGAAUGUAUGUUUGGUAUAAUGUUUUUUAACGUGAUAUUACCGUAAGAUACUCAAAGAAAGUUAUAAUCGAACAAUAACAAUACUUGUGAUUUUAUAAAAGAAGAUAUUACAUCAUGAAAAUAAAUUGGGAGACGAUCAAAUGUUUUUUUUUUCUUAAAUUCUUAUUGUAAUUGUUAUAUAUAUCACAUAAAUA